AUGCUGCCACCUGAAAUAAUCUAUCAAAUCCUCUCACACCAGUUCCAUGAUAUCAUGUCCAAUGAUUACCCUAGCGGGCCAGAAAAGUUCUCUUCGAACAUACAGAUUUUCUUGCGAAGCAAUUUAACCGUGAACAAAACAUUUUACCACGUAUGCAAAGUGCUAUGUUAUCGAUACGUGAGCUUCACAUCUGCCAGGGGAUUCAACAAGCUUCUCGAAACUUUAAGACAGAACUCGAAACUUGUGCAUUAUGUGCAGGUCGUAGACUUUGAGGAAUUGACGUCGAUUGGACUCGGAAGGACAGGCGAGAUGAACAAGAAUAUCAAAAAUCUGACGAGCGACACACUUCUGGAGUUUCUACAGUUGACAGGCAAGAAUCUGCGAGAAUUUCUUGCCAGUGAACACAUACAAGGCGAUAUGGAUGAGCGAAUAAUCCGGGUUUUGCUUAGUGGGGAAAAUGCUUUGAGCGUCUUCGACCUCUGCGGCUGUUCGAGACGUGAUUUCAGCGAAGCUUUCCAAAAUGCAGUAGAUCGGCUUUAUCGCAAUGGCGAAAUAAUUGCCUAUAAUUACCAACUCACUUGUUUGGGAUUACAUGAAUGUUCGGUCAUUUCUUCACACACGCUAGGAAAGCUGUUAAAAGUUCUGCCAGAACUGCAAAAACUAGAUCUUGGCCGUACAUCGAUCGACGAUCAUACUCUAAUCAAUGAUUUACCUCAUCUAAAGAAUCUCACUCAUCUCUCGCUGGCAAUGUGUUCUCAACUUACCCCAAGAGGAGUGCUCGAAUUUUUCAGUUACCACCCAUCUGCUACAGAUGAAAACAACCUGGCAACUUUCCAAUGGCUCAAUUUACAAGUUCAUCCUCAUAGUUCAUCAUGGACAGAUACACAAACAAAUUUUCUUCUUCGCAAACUCUGUCGAUACGGCCACAAUAAGACCCUGCAAUACUUAAACAUAGGCGGUAUGCCAUUGCACCAGUCAGAUGAUAGCAGUGUUGUAAAAACAAGCUACUAUUGGAAGUGCCAAAGCGGUUUGGCUACGAUCAAAUGGAACUUCCCCAAAUUAAAAGCGCUAAGCAUUAGAGACAAUGACAUUCCCGUACCGGACCUCGUACAUUUUCUGUCAGUGCCGCAGCGGAUGGAGGAUGACCUGGACUUCAAACCACCGCGUCUUAAAUUCCUUAAUGUGGCAAAUAAUGCUUACGUGAACCGCUGGUCUAUCCAAGAUCCCAUACUAUUGACGUGUUCGGAAACUCUGUCUUCUCUUGAACUUUCCUUCGAACCGUGGCAGCAAAUCGAGGCCUCCAAUUCGCGACAUGAAAUAGUCGGGCGUAUGACAAAGCCCGGUUCUUUCAUUCAAGACUUCUCUACUGCAGAAAUGGUAAAAUGGAGAUGCUUCAUCGACUCUGCAUAUGGUAGACGCUACUGGCUUUACAAAACCGAUCCAUAUUUGAACCGAGAAGAUCUCGACAGUUUUGCCAAUAUUACGCGUUAUGACUCUGAAGGAAACAGGAUUAUAGAUAUUGUGAGACAGCCGGAUUUCCUAAAAUUCGCGCAAAACAAGAUCAUGUUAGGAUGUGGAAUAGUGAGUCAAAGUAGCAUUCGGCGUAAUCUCGAAUACAGAGACGUCAAACCUCAAAUUUCUCGGUUUUUUGAUCGCGAUGGGAAAAUCAGCUCUGGCACACAGCCAGUAGCCAUCACUGUACCUCCUAUGGCUCCCGGUGGGUGGUUGAUCAUGGAAAAUGAAGAAUGGCAAGCCCCAAAUUCUGCUUCUCUACUUCCUGCUUCAUCUGACAACGAAGAUGCCCGGAGCGAAUCACCAGCUCGAGCAUCAAGCAGAGGCCUCUAUUGGGAUCGGUCAAUUCCCGACUUACCACAAUAUUUGACGACACAUGAAUCCGAUGCUGAUUACAUGGAAAUGCCCGAACUUCAACGUAGGAGAUCUCAAUUGUCAUUACUCGGAUUUCGAGCACAUAAAAAGCAUUCAGUUGUGUCCUCGUCCCUUUUUAACGAAAGAUUUUUGAAUUCCUCCUCCAAUGACACUUUGAUCAACAAACGAGAUAAUUUGUCAGAGGCUUAUCGCAAGCAUAUCGAUGUGGCUGAAGAAUAUGAAGUUUUUGGUUGCAUUGAGAGAGGUAUCUACCGAUACUACAGUCUCAAGGUUUGA